UUUGAUAAGAUUUUAAUCGCGAAUCGCAGAGGAGAAAUAGCUUGUCGGAUCAUACGAACUUGUCGGAAAAUGGGAAUCAAAACUGUCGCUGUAUAUACCGAAAUCGACAAUGAACGUUUACAUGUUAAAUUGGCAGAUGAGGGAUAUUGCAUUGGACAUGCUCCUUCUGCAGAAAGUCAUCUCUGCAUUGACAGAAUCAUUCAGAUAGCACAUGACACAGGAGCACAAGCCAUUCAUCCAGGCUACGGAUUCUUAUCCGGAUCUUCGGUCUUCGCGGAGAAAGUCAGAGAAGCGGGUUUGGUAUAUAUUGGACCACCUCCUGAGGUCAUUCGGUCUAUGGGAAGUAAGAGGGAAAUUAAAGAGAUCAUGUUGGCUGCUGGGGUACCUUGCGUUCCAGGUUACCAUGAUGCAGCCCAAGAUCUGCCCACACUCAAACUAGCAGCAGAAAAAAUCGGUUUCCCUCUAGUCAUAAAACCCACUCAUGGAUGCGGAGGAAACGGCAUGCGUAUUGUGCGUUCCCUCGACGCGUUCGAGGAUCAAGUGCGAAGUGUGAAACGUGAAGCGAUCAAGAGUUUUGGGAAUGAUGAGGUUUUAUUAGAACGUUGGUUUGAAAAACCGAGACAUGUGGAGGUUCAAGUGUUUGGAGAUGAAUUUGGUGAUUAUGUUAGUUUAUGGGAAAGAGAUUGUACAGUUCAAAGAUAUCAUCAAAAAAUCAUAGAAGAAGCUCCUGCUCAAGGACUUAGUACAGAACUGAAACGCGAUCUAGCAGCGAAGUCGGUAGCAGCUGCCAAGGCUAUCAAUUAUGUUGGAGCAGGUACAGUAGAAUUCAUCAUGGAUGCUCCUACGGGUGAAUAUUUCUUUAUGAAAAUAUGUGGAACAAGGAUUGACGUUAGACAUCCAGUGACGGAGAUGACGACUGGGAUAGAUCUAGUACAAUGGCAAUUAUCCAUAGCCGCUGGAAACCCUCUUCCAUUGAAACGAGAUCAAAUCCCUUAUAUAGGACACGUUCCCGAAGCACGUAUCAAUGCUGAGACAGCUGAAUCAGACUUUUUACCUGAUGCAAGGAAGUUGGCACAUAUUUCUCCGCCAACACACACU